AUGCAGUUCUGUCCUAUGUCGUCCUCAACACCAAAGACGCCGCGCGAGAUUUCACAACGAUCGAUCACCGAAACGAAAGUAUAUCUUUCCGUUGAAUAUCCCAGCAAAACUGUGCGAAAGGAAUUAAACGAUGACCUUGCAGUUCUUGGAAAGGCGAUUGCCUCCGGUUUCGAACAGCGCAUUGCCAAAGCAAUACUGAAGAAUGUUAAACUGAAGAAAAUUGUCGUGGAAAAAGUUCUCCAGCUAAUGACGUCGCAAAUUAAUGGUAUCUGUAGCAGAAAACAACCUUCCAUGUUAAGAGCCAACACAAAGGAAGAGAUUGUAAACUUCGAUUUCGAGAAACUGUGUCUUGAAUGGAAAGAAAGAGCGCCUAUCUUCUAUGCCUUUCUAAUGACAUGUGCUACAACUACUCGAAAGGAGAUUGCUCCAGAAUGGCUUCCUAGCAUAGCAGUCGCAGGGUCGAUCCUGUUAAAGCAGCGAAACUCACACAUGAAUGGCUGUGCAACAGUUCUUGGAAUCCUUAUCAAAUCACGAUCUUUGGAGGUAAGACAAGUCAUAGAUUAUUUUGCAUCUACAAGGGCUUUUGAAAGUCGAGUUAAAACUAACUUGAUUAAUUGUUUAAUAUUAAUUAAAUCAGCUGUAAAAGUGUUUCAUAUAGUUUUGUUUCAUACAGACAUUUAUCAGUUACACAUUAGAUUUUGUUUGAAUCAAGGGUUAAGGAAGGUGAAUUCUUUGUUUUUUGGCUAUCAGUGUGACGAGGGGUCUUGGCAUUGUUAUUCUUAAUUAUUCAUGAACCUUCAGAUAUUAAUAUUUCUUAAUACUUGUAGAUUUUUUAGGACAAACAAUAUAAUCAAAAUUUUGAUCUCUUGCUCUUUUGUUACAAGGCAACCUUUGGCAGAUUAUCCAAGAUGAAGGUCACCUGUUCAGCCGCAAAAGUUCGUGCAAAAUUUGAUGUGUUAGGUGAAAAUCAUGGUCAGGAAAUUCUGGACUUACAAAAGAAAAUGUCCAAUGAGGAGGAAGUUGUACUAGAACACACAAGGAAGGUAGUGGCAAUUACUGGCAGUUGCAGUUCAAAUGAACAUCCAUGUACCCAGCAGUGUGCUGAUGAUGCUACAAAAGCCAAAUUUGAACUAAAACAAGCUAAGAAGAACAUGCAUCCUGGUUUUGCUAUUGCGUUUGAUAAUAUUGAUGGAAAGCGUGAGUGCAGACAUAUGACCAAGGACAACCAAAACUUGGAUUUUCAUUGGGUCAAUCACAAGAUAAUAAUGAACAGAGUUUCUGGAGGUUGUCUUGAGACUUCACCAAGGGACAUUACUUCCCUUUCAAAUCUUAAAUUGUUUCCCACUGUCGACGAUCAGAAGUUUCAGCGUCACAACUACACAGUUUUGAUAUCAAGAGUUCUUGUGGAGCAUUUAGAUUGUUUUUCAGCUCUCAAGGAUGUGUGUGUAUUCCAUAUUCCUCACAAGUAUUCCAAUGAGAUGGCCAAAAGUCAGAAGUUGUAAGUUUUUCUUUUUUCCUUUGGGUACUUUCAUGUUGCUUUCUGCUUUUGUACUGAUUUUCAAAGUUUUCCCCUUUAAUAUCUGCUUUCAUGCAUCAUGAAUGAAGCAAUUCAAUUUUAGUCACAACAAUUACUUGUGACUAUUUAACUGUAAAUGUGUGGCCACAUCGAAAUAUACAGUUGCACCUCGCUAACCCACUGAAAAGCCUGGUGGUAAUAGAGGGGUUUGGAACACAGGACUAGGUGUGAAAUUUUUUAUGUAACUUCCAGAUAGUUUAGUACCAGAAUAAUAAGAUUGGUAUAGAUGUUUCCUGUAGCCAAGUAAAUAAUGUGCACAGCCUCUGAUAUCAUGUAAAAUAUUAUACUGUAUAUUUCAAUGAAAUUUCCUGUCAAAUUAUACUCUCAUGAUAACAUAACUGCGGUGUGAAAAACAUUUAUGGGGGACUAUUAUUUGAGUAAUAUACAACAGGAUAAUUAAUUUGCUUUGAAUAAGCUAAGGCUGAUUGAAAGAGCAAGUAAGUUCUGAGUUUCAGCUGUAAUAAGGUAUUAUUUUCCCCUAAAGUUUCAAGUGAGUCACUUUCCUAUUUAGUAAAGCAAUGGCAAUGAACAAUAACAAAUUAACAUAGGAUUUUAAUGGUGAAUUUUAAAUGUGGUAAUGUCAAUAAAUUAUUCAUUUCAGCUUCCAAUGGGUGUGUUAUUUAAAAAUGAAAACCUGA